UUCUCUCUCAUUCGUGUGAUGCGAGACAGAUGCUUCAUUAAUGGCCCCACUGUAUACAUUUCCAAAAAUAAAGCAAUUAAUUAAGAUUGAGCCUCUCUAGCAAGCAAACCCAACGAAGAACCAACAGUAGUAUGGUUCACUAGAAAAGCCAAAAGAGACGCAAAGCUUAUUGCUACAACACCACCACACCUUUUCGUUUCUUAUUCUGCCGUCUUCAGCUUUUUCAUUCCCCAUCUCUCUCAGCAUAUGUAGCUACAAUACACUCUUAAGUUGCUUUCAUUUAUUCAAUUCCUCUCCAUCUAUUUUUUCCUAUAUAAAGCUUCCUUCAUCAAACCUGGUUCUUGCCUUCACCUUGAGAAUCAUGGAGGGAUUUCAUCCUCAUCAUCACCUUCAUCAUCAUCAGUACUUGAUGUGGCUCAAGAGGAAGCAAAUGUUAAAGUCACAUAUCGAAGCAGCCACGUCUUGGGGAGAGAGGGCUUUUAUUGCAGAGGACGCAGCUAGGAUACUUGGUGGGAGGGAUAGAGCUAGGCUCAAGCAGAGCCAAGGUGGUGGUGGUGCUAGUGUUCCUCAUCUUCAUCAUCAUUAUCAGAACGUUAAUGAUUGUAAGGGAUCUUCUGAUUCAGAGGUAAUCGAGGUCAACGGAAGGGAAGAAGAUUAUGUUGAAACAGACUUGUCCGUGGGAUUACUACCUGCAGCUGAUGAAGAUGCUUUGAGUUGUAAGAGACCUAAGACUUCCAAUAUUUCUUCGGUACAGCUUCCUGUCUUCAUCAAGCCAUUCUCAUCAAACGAUCACGCGGCAGGCCUGGUAUUCCAAUCUGCAGAAAUGGUAAUUGGAGUUAAGAAGCCUAAAAUGGAAGAUUUGGAUCUUGAACUCAGGCUGGGGAAAGUUAAGUGAUGUUAUAUUAGUGCUACACUUCACAUUAGGUUGUGCUGGUGAUGCUAUAUAGUGAUGCAAUUCCCCAUCUAGUAUCUAACUUUCUGUUUUUGUUUUUUCUUAUCCUUUUCUAUCAAUUUGAGGUCUAUGUGGGUUUUUUUUUUUUUUAAUUGCCAAAAGGUCUAUGUGGGUUGAUACUCUGAAAUCUUGAUUUCCCAAACUAAACCUGAAUGGAAUGACAAGGUUUACUUUCCGGAAA